CAGUUCAGUGACUAAUACUAUAACAAUAACGUCAAACAUAUCGAACUGGUUUUACUGGGUUAAGUUUCAAAACAAAACCUCAAACACGAGACAUUCACGCAGUUACUACGCAAGCAUAUUCACGAGGACCUGUGCUCGGCAAAAUGAAGCCAGUUUCAGUUUAUUCCAUUGCCUUCGUGGUGCUAUUCAGUUUUUUGACCAAUGGGGCAGUCAUUGUUAAUAACAGUGAAAAUUUGAAAGAUUUCGUUGAAACUCAGGCUACGGGCGGCUCGACAGCAAAACCUCGAACCGAAGAGGCUGAAAAACCAAAGAAGCUUACUCGAAGGGAAAAAUGCUGCAAUCUCGGGCGAGAUGUGGCCAAAAUCGGAGAGACAUGUAGGUACACGAGUAAUGUAGACGAAAUCUCUCCCAAUAGGCACUUUCAUCAGAUGAAAACAGCAGUUUGGAAGCGUACCAGCCACCCAAUCAACCGCCGAUUGCUGGCAAAAUGCAAACCUCAUAAAGUUUUCUACGAGAAAUGCUGUAACUAUGAGUAUUCUCAAAUCGAACAAGACCUCAUCAAAGAAAGGAAAAUGAUUCACAGCUUCUUGCGCCAAUUACGGAAGAAUACAGUCGAAGAAGACGAAGGAGUUACAAGCGAUGGGGCAAGCGCAAGCCACUCCGUCGCAGUGUCCCAGAACGGCAGACACCGAUUUAGACUCUAGAAAAUAGUAUAAUGAACCAAAAACUCCACAUUGAAUAAGAUUAGAAUAAUCAUUUAACAAAUACAUGAGAGAAUUGUAAAUUCGUAGAAAUUUCCAUUUUUGAUUUUGCUUUAUAAUCACUUUUCAUAAUAUACUUCUAUAAUCAUUUGCAAACGUCAUACUCGAAAGGGAAAAAAGGAUUUUUUGUACCUUACGGCGAUGACGUAUUUCAAGUUAUAAGAUGUGAAUUGACGUGGAAGACUUUUGGUCACGGAAUCAGUACGAGGGCUUACACCUAGCAUAAUUGACAGUAAUAGAACAUUAAAAUAUCGCGAAUUAUUAUCGAACUGUUUACAUGUAAAUAACUUGAAUGCUAUCACGAGGAGGUAAUGUAUAUUUUUAUCCACCUUUCAAUAAGGAAUUUUUAUAUCUAAAAUCUACUUAUAAUUGUUAAGGUUUAAACAUCAGUUUUCUGAUGCAAUUUCCCUUUCUCCUUGGUCCUUCAUCGAAUGUAUUUCAAGCAACUGGAGAGAAUUUGAAGAUUGAUAUGUGGUGAGUUACGAAAUAGUUGUUGCGUUCAUAAUGGCCUUCCCUUUCCUGUUACAUAUUUCAAAACUUUGUACACAAUAUAUUGUAUCGAUGAUUUUUAUUAGCGGAACUUGUAAAUAAAGAGACAGAGUAUAAUA